ACCAUGGGGGAUGUGAAGCUGGCUGCGACACACGUUUCCAAAACCUCCCUCGCUGUGGAUCACUCGAGAGUCGGCUCCAUGCCCCUGACCGAGGCCCCUGCUUUCAUUUUGCCCCCUCGGAACCUCUGCAUCAAGGAAGGGGCCACCGCCAAGUUUGAAGGGAGGGUCCGGGGUUACCCAGAGCCCCAAGUGACAUGGCACAGAAACGGGCAACCCAUUGCCGGUGGGGGCCGCUUCCUGCUGGAUUGUGGUACCCGGGGGACUUUCAGCCUUGUGAUUCAUGCUGUCCAUGAGGAGGACAAGGGAAAGUAUACCUGUGAAGCCACCAAUGGUAGUGGUGCCCGCCAGGUGACAGUGGAGUUGACGGUAGAAGGGGGCUUUGUGAAGAAGCGUGGUCAACCUCUUGUUUCCAAAGCCUUGGGGGACAGAUUUGCAGCCCCUGUGGUGGAGACCCGUCCUAGCAUCUGGGGAGAAUGCCCACCAAAGUUUGCUACUAAGCUGGGCCGAGCGGUGGUCAAAGAAGGACAGAUGGGGCGAUUCUCCUGCAAGAUCACUGGCCGGCCCCAGCCACAGGUCUCCUGGCUCAAGGGAGAUGUUCCCCUGCAGCCCAGUUCCCGUGUGUCUAUGUCUGAGAAGAAUGGGGUGCAAGUCCUGGAAAUCCACGAGGUCAACCAAGAUGACGUGGGAGUGUACACGUGCAUGGUGGUGAACGGGUCAGGGAAGGCCUCCAUGUCUGCUGAGCUCUCCAUCCAAGGCUUGGACAUUGCCAAUAGGUCGCUUGUGAGAGGAGCAAAGGUGGCCAAUUCAGACAUCAGGAAGGAAGUGACCCCUGGAAUCGCUCAGGGGCUGAAACUGGAUGGCCUGGAGGCUGCAGCUGAGAGUAAGAACUGCUCCAGCCUCCAGAGAGGUGGCUCCCAGACCUGGGCCACGGGGAACCAGCCUCAGCCCCCGAGGGAAUCUGAGCCGGCGCCGGCGGGGGACUCGCCCGGAAAGGCCCUGAGGACCCCCGUCCAGCAGAAGACUUCCAGCACCAUCACCCUGCAGGCCGCAAAAGUGCAGCUGGCACCGAGAGCGCCGGUCUCGGAUGCCCUGUCUCCUUCCAGAGAAGAGAGGGAGAAGCCAGCUGCUUGCCCUCCAGCCGCCCUCCACACCAGGCAGUGUGGCCUGGGAAGCCAAGACACUGUGAGCCAGGUUGCUACCAGGAAGGUCCCCACGGAGGGCCAGGGGGACACAACAUUCCCCAAAUUUGAGAGCAAGCCCCAAAGCCAGGAAGUCAAUGAGGAUCAGCCAGUCAAGUUCAGAUGCGAAGUUUCAGGGAUCCCGAAGCCCGAAGUGACCUGGUUCCUGGACGGUGCCCCUUUGAGGAGAAGAGAAGGCACCAUCGAGGUUUAUGAAGCUGGGGGGACCCAUUACCUCUGCCUCCUGAGAGCCCGGGCCAGGGACAGCGGGAACUACAGCUGCACAGCCACCAAUGUCCGAGGCCGGGUGUCCUGUGGCUGGACCCUCCUGGUGAAAAGGCUGGCCGUGAUGGAGGCGGCCCCCUCAUUCUCCAGUGUCCUAAAGGACUGCAGUGUCGUUGAGGGCCAGGACUUCGUGCUGCAGUGCUCGGUGCAGGGGACCCCGGUGCCCCGAAUCACUUGGCUGCUCAAUGGGCAGCCCAUCCAGUAUGCUCACUCCACCUGCGAGGCUGGCGUGGCUGAGCUCCACAUCCAGGAUGCCCUCCCAGAGGACGAUGGCACCUACACCUGUCUGGCCCAGAACACCUUGGGGCAGGUGUCCUGCAGCUCCCGGGUCACUGUCCAUGAAAAGAAGAGUGACGAGAAAAGUGAGUACCUCCUGCCCACGGCCUCCAGCAAGCCCGUCGCGCCCCUCUUCCUGCAGGGCCUCUCUGAUCUCAGAGUCAUGGACGGGAGCCAGGUCACCAUGACAGUCCAGGUGUCAGGGAACCCGCCCCCUGAGGUCAUCUGGCUUCACAACGGGAAUGAGAUCCAGGAGUCAGAAGACUUCCACUUUGAACAGAGAGGCACUCAGCACAGCCUCUGUAUCCAGGAAGUGUUCCCGGAGGACACGGGCACUUACACCUGUGAAGCCUGGAACAGCGCAGGAGAGGUCCGCACCCAGGCCAUGCUCACAGUGCAAGAGCCUCAGGAUGGCACCCAGCCCUGGUUCAUCAGCAAGCCCCGCUCAGUGACAGCCUGCCUGGGCCAGAGUGUCCUCAUCUCCUGUGCCAUAGCUGGGGACCCCUUCCCCACUGUGCACUGGCUCCGGGACGGCAAAGCCCUCUCCAAAGACACUGGCCACUUCGAGGUGCUACAGAAUGAGGACGUGUUCACCCUGGUUCUAAAGAACGUGCAGCCCUGGCAUGCCGGCCAGUAUGAGAUCCUGCUCAAGAACCGGGUUGGUGAAUGCAGUUGCCAGGUAUCACUGAUGCUACAGAGCAGCCCUGCCAGAGCUGUCCUGCGGGGGAGGGAGCCUGCCAGUGGUGAGGGCCUCUGCAGCCGAGGAGCUGGCGCUGAUGGUGGUGGAGGUGGCGGCUACGGGAGCCUGAGGCCCGGCUGGCCAGCAGGAGGGCAGGGCGGGCCCGACGAGGGAGACGGCGAGGGCGUGCGCGGGGUGCUCACGAGGCGCGUGGAGACGCGGCAGCACACGGAGGAGGCCAUCCGCCAGCAGGAGGUGGGGCAGCUGGACUUCCGCGACCUCCUGGGCAAGAAGGUGAGUACCAAGACCUUGUCUGAAGAGGACCUGAAGGAGACCCCAGCCGAGCAGAUGGAUUUCCGCGCCAACCUGCAGCGGCAGGUGAAGCCGAAGACUGUGUCGGAGGAAGAGAGGAAGGUGCAUAGCCCCCAGCAGGUGGACUUCCGCUCUGUCCUGGCCAAGAAAGGGACUCCCAAGACCCCUGUGCCUGAGAAGGUGCCACCUCCAAAACCUGCCACCCCAGAUUUUCGCUCGGUGUUGGGUAGUAAGAAAAAAUUACCUGCAGAGAAUGGCAGUAACAACUCUGAAGCCUUGAAUGCCAAGGCAGCAGAAGGUCCCAAGCCUGCAGGCAAUGCCCAGCCUUCAGGAUUUCUGAAAACCGUGGACAAUGCCAAGCCGGCUGAGACCCCCAAACCCUUGGGUAAUGUCAAGUCAGCUGAGACCCCCAAACCCUUGGGCAAUGGUAAGUUGUCCGAGGCCCCCAAACCGGCUGGGAACGAAGAACUUAAGAAGGAGGUUAAGAAUGAUGUGAACUGCAAGAGGGGCCAUGCAGGGGCCACAGAUAAUGAAAAAAGACCUGAGAGCCAAGGGACAGCCCCAGCCUUCAAGGAGAAGCUAUGCGAUCUCCGUGUGGUGGAGGGUGAGAAACUGCUGCUCCAGUGCCAGGUGUCCUCUGAGCCCCCAGCCACCAUCACCUGGACACUGAAUGGAAAGAUGCUCAAGACUACCAAGUUCAUUGUCCUCUCUCAAGAAGGCUCGCUGUGCUCCGUGUCCAUUGAGAAGGCCCUGCCCGAGGACAGAGGCUUAUACAAGUGCGUAGCCAAGAACAGCGCCGGCCAGGCUGAGUGUUCCUGCCAAGUCACCGUGGACGAUGCCCCCACCAGUGAGAACGCCAAGGCCCCGGAGAUGAAAGCCCGGAGGCCAAAGAGCUCUCUUCCUUCCAUGCUAGGAACGGAGAGUGAUGCAACUGUGAAAAAGAAACCUGCCCCCAAGACCCCUCCGAAGGCAGCCAUGCCCCCUCAGAUCAUCCAGUUUCCUGAGGACCAAAAGGUGCGAGCAGGAGAGCCUGUGGAGCUGUUUGGUAAAGUGGCCGGCACCCAGCCCAUCACCUGCACCUGGAUGAAGUUCCGAAAGCAGAUCCAGGAGAGUGAGAACAUCAAGGUGGAGAACAGUGAGAAUGGCAGCAAGCUCACCAUCCGUGCCGCACGCCAGGAACACUGUGGCUGCUACACUCUGCUGGUGGAGAACAGGCUGGGCAGCAGGCAGGCCCAGGUCAACCUCACCGUUGUGGACAAGCCGGACCCCCCGGCCGGCACGCCUUGUGCCUCUGACAUCCGCAGCUCCUCGCUGACCCUGUCCUGGUACGGCUCCUCGUACGAUGGGGGCAGCGCUGUACAGUCCUACAGCGUCGAGAUCUGGGACUCGGCGGACAAGAAGUGGAAGGAACUAGCCACGUGCCGCAGCACCUCUUUUAACAUCCAGGACCUGCUGCCUGACCGAGAGUAUAAAUUCCGUGUGCGCGCAAUCAACGUCUAUGGAACCAGUGAGCCGAGCCAGGAGUCUGAACUCACAGUGGUGGGAGAGAAACCUGAGGAGCCGAAGGAUGAAGUGGAGGUGUCAGAUGAUGAUGAAAAGGAGCCCGAGGUCGAUUACCGGACCGUCGCGGUCAAUACUGACCAGAAAGUGUCUGACUUCUACGACAUCGAAGAGAGACUAGGAUCUGGGAAAUUUGGACAGGUCUUUCGACUUGUAGAAAAGAAAACUGGAAAAAUCUGGGCAGGGAAAUUCUUCAAGGCAUAUUCAGCAAAAGAGAAAGAGAACAUCCGGCAGGAGAUCAGCAUCAUGAACUGCCUCCACCACCCCAAGCUGGUCCAGUGUGUGGAUGCCUUCGAAGAGAAGGCCAACAUCGUCAUGGUCCUGGAAAUCGUGUCCGGGGGCGAGCUGUUCGAGCGCAUCAUCGACGAGGACUUCGAGCUGACCGAGCGGGAGUGCAUCAAGUACAUGAGGCAGAUCUCGGAGGGGGUGGAGUACAUCCACAAGCAGGGCAUUGUCCACCUGGACCUCAAGCCCGAGAACAUCAUGUGUGUCAACAAGACAGGCACCAGGAUCAAGCUCAUCGACUUCGGUCUGGCCAGGAGGUUGGAGAACGCGGGGUCUCUGAAGGUCCUCUUUGGCACCCCAGAGUUCGUUGCACCUGAAGUGAUCAACUAUGAGCCCAUUGGCUACGCCACAGACAUGUGGAGCAUCGGGGUCAUCUGCUACAUCCUGGUCAGUGGACUGUCCCCCUUCAUGGGUGACAACGAUAACGAAACCUUAGCCAACGUCACCUCAGCCACCUGGGACUUUGACGACGAGGCCUUCGAUGAGAUCUCUGAUGACGCCAAGGAUUUUAUCAGCAGCUUGCUGAAGAAAGAUAUGAAAAACCGCUUGGACUGCACCCAGUGCCUUCAGCAUACAUGGCUAACGAAAGACACCAAGAACAUGGAGGCCAAGAAACUCUCCAAGGACCGGAUGAAGAAGUACAUGGCAAGAAGAAAAUGGCAGAAAACGGGCAAUGCUGUGAGAGCCAUUGGAAGACUGUCCUCUAUGGCAAUGAUCUCAGGGCUCAGUGGCAGGAAAUCUUCAACAGGGUCACCAACCAGCCCACUCAAUGCAGAAAAACUAGAGUCUGAAGAAGAUGUCUCCCAAGCUUUCCUUGAGGCUGUCGCUGAGGAAAAGCCCCAUGUAAAACCCUACUUUUCUAAGACCAUCCGUGAUUUAGAAGUUGUGGAGGGAAGUGCUGCUAGAUUUGACUGCAAGAUCGAAGGAUACCCAGACCCUGAGGUCGUCUGGUUCAAAGAUGACCAGUCAAUCAGGGAGUCCCGCCACUUCCAGAUAGACUACGAUGAGGAUGGGAACUGCUCUUUAAUCAUUAGUGAUGUUUGCGGGGAUGACGAUGCCAAGUACACAUGCAAGGCUGUCAACAGUCUUGGAGAAGCCACCUGCACAGCAGAGCUCAUUGUGGAAACCAUGGAGGAAGGAGAAGGAGAAGGAGAAGGGGAAGAAGAGGAGGAAGAAUGAAACAAAGCCAGAGAGAAGCAAUUUCUAACUCAUAUUACAAAGACUAUCUCUCUAAAGCUCAAAAAACCCAAGACAGUAAAAGCACCUAGUGUGAUAGAUUAGUUAGGUCAUUUGGGGGUUGAUUCUUCAGCAAUAGUGGUUGAUACCCAGCAGCGUUACUGAGGGGCAUUAAUUUAAAUUAGCUGGCACCUUAAGAUUCUAGUACAGCUAGAUUUCAUUUGGGGAAAUCACCAGUAACUUGCCUGACCAACCAAUUUUAGAGAAAAAGUAACCAGAAGGAAGCUUUAUCUGGGCAAAGUCAUAUAAAUUCUCCAACUGAAAGCACUCAUGAAAAAACAAGGUCACAGCCCUGCCCAAAGGGUCCCUGGAGAUGGUCUCUCCCAGCUCCUACUCCAGAGAACCAGGUCUUCUCCAGUCCUGUAGCACUUCGUUCUGCAGGCAGUUGAGCCAUUUUAACUUAUGAGGCACAAUAUUUCCAAAGUAUACUAUAGUACUAUAGACAUUUGAACUUUGCUUUUCCAUCCCCUGUUCUACCUGCCAGUUUUUCUGGAUCUGGACUUGCCAUGAGUUUAAGCAUUAGGGACAUGACACUUUUUAGAUCCUGAAGACACGUCUCCUGCUCAUGGAUGACUGGCUUCCUUAGGAAAAACAGACUCUCCUUUCUUCCAAAAUCAGUAGGAAAUCUAAACUUAUCCCCUCUUUGAAGAUUUCUAGAAGCUUCAGACAUUCUUAUAGGAACCUAUGGAAAAAAAUCCUUGUUAAUGUGCUUUUCUGAAACCAGGACUCAUACCUGCGCUGUUUUAGAAUAUCAGCUCUGCAUGUGUGGUAAAGAUUUUUGUGUUUGAAUG